CUGAGGAAGACAUAAGCACCUCAGAUACAUUUCAAGUUUACAAUUAAUGAAUUCCUCUUUGGAAAUAAAGGGUUAAAGAACUAGCAUCUUCUCAAGAGACCUUGUAUUUUCUCCUCCCUCUUUCUAAACUGUGAAAAGCAAAGAUGGAGAGUGAUAAGCUUCAAAAUCAGCAGGUGUGAGGCAAAGAGAGAAACUGCAGCUGUAGGUAGAUUUUUGGUCUAGUAGCUCAUGAUAACCAGAAACCAAGCCCAUAGAAGGUACAGGGGCUACAGGGACAUAUUUCUUGAUUGAAAAUCUCCUAAAGGUACAAAAUGAAUAUCUGUUUCUCCUUCCUAAAGAUGAUGAUGUUCGUAUUUAAUGGAGUGAUCUUUCUAGGAGGCCUGGCUUUGCUGGGCAUUGGUAUCUGGGUGAAGGUAGAUGGUGAUUCCUUUGAGAAGAUCCUUGGAGUUGCUGCACCACAGAUGAUGCUUCUGCUCCAUGUGGGUUACCUGUGCAUAACAGUUGGCAGCAUCCUUUUCAGCAUGGGCUUUUUGGGAUGCUGGGGAGCUGUGAAAGAAAGCAGAUGUCUCCUGCUGGUAUUUUUUGCAGUUAUACUGGUAAUAUUCACAGCCGAAGUGGUGUGUGCUGUUGUGGUGCUGAUUUUCUCCACUGUGACAAAUAUAUUUGUUGAACACUUGAAAAACUGGGCCAUGAAGACUUUAAAAGAAGACUAUGGGAGGCAAGAAGACCUUACAGCCAUUUGGAACGCUACAAUGAAACAGCUGAAAUGCUGUGGAUUCAACAACUAUGCAGAUUUCAACAGUUCCUACUUCUAUCAAGCUCAUGAGAAAUAUCCUUCUCUUUGCUGCCUAUCCAGCAAAGAAUGCCAGCAAUUUGAAAUAGACCAUAAUAAGCAGGGCUGCUUGUUUGAAUUUGAAAUGUUUCUGAACCACAAUGGGAAGAUUGUCGGAGGAGUGGCUCUAGCAGUUGGAAUGGUUGAGCUGGCUGCUAUGGUGGUCUCCUUGAUCCUCUAUUUUCAUGUUGGUACAAAGGUCUGAAGCAAAAUACCAUCUACUGGUCAGAUCAAACACCAGCUAUGUCAGUCUCUGUGCCUGCAGUGAAGAGACAGGACAAUUGUCCUCUUUCACACAUGGAAAAAAAGCAGUAUCUUUCAGUGGCUCUGGUUACAACAUCUGGAACCUUUUUUAUAAUGAUUAAUGAUUAAUUAAUUAAUUAAUCAUUAAUUUCCCUUACUAUUAUAAAAAUCAUUACAUAGUCUGACAUGCCAAGAAAAUAAAUAGGCUUCAUCUACUACUAUUCUAUAUGAUGGGAAGUCCAGAAAACUUUUAGAAGGCACAUUUACUUUGAAAAACAGAACAUUAAAUAUGUUUGAUUAUUAUUUGUAAGGAAAUAUGCAUAGGCUUAGCAGAUCUGAUGAGAGUGCACACAGGGAAACAGUACCAUUCCCAAAGCAGAUCAAAAACACAACUGUAUAAAGUAACUGUAAUCCCCUCUUUGGAAAUUUUGAAUGAGGACCAGGAAAAAUUGGGUCCCAGAAGUGACACAGUUAAUAGCUUAGUGGUAUCAUAGUGUUUCAUGACAAAGCAUGAGUUGCUUUAGUGCUGGCCUCAUGGAAUGGUUUGAAAAUAUGAGAUAGCAAAUGUAGGAUAGGUAAAUUUGGUGAUGCAGGUAUUGUGUCAUUAAUAAUAAUCUAGCUCUCAGCACUUUUUAUUAUAAUUAACUACUUCUGUCAUAAUUAUUUCUCCAAUGUUGAUGCAAGCUUUUACUAACCCAAUGAUUCUUUAUUCUGAAAGACAAAAUAACUGUAAUUUUAAGUUAAUGAAACAUGUGCAAUACUGUAUAUAUGUCACUAGGUGAUAAACCUUUGAGAACUAUUUUGAUUUCAUUACGUAGCUAAGAUUUCACAGUUUGAUUUAAGUAACAAAAAUAUUAGUUAACACUAUUAGAUGAAUUAAUGGACAAUUUUAAUUACUGAAACCAUGAGCUAGGAGGUUUAUUUUUUAUUUUUUGAUAUGGCAUGAUAGAGAAUGAAAAAAGGAAGAUGAACUUUCCUUAUUAUUAUGGUUUGUUGCAAAUCCCCCAAAUAUUUAGACUGGAUUUGACAUUU